AUGGAGACCCCUGUAGCCGAAGCGCGUAGCUCGGGGACUAAUUACCACCGCAUUGACCUACAUGCAACCGACCCGACGGAGCUGAGCAGUGCCAGUUCACCGGGUGUCAGCUCUUUGAAGCGCUUUGCAUGUCAGUUUGAUCCUGGCUCUAAGAAUGGGCGUGUGCUGGUGUUACUGUUUGAUCGCGACGGAGACUCGGAGUUCAAGGAGAUAAGCAGAUUGGACGUCCUGAAGAUGACACAGCAAGCGGCGGUGCCUAGAAAGGAGGAGACGGCGGAUGGUGACGAGGUUGCAGAUGUCGCGACAGCUCCGAUGCGAAAGUUGGAGAAUCUUGGCGCCAAGGGUCGACGAGCCAGCAUGAACAUGAUGCGUGGUGAUGGAGGGGGACUAGACGGACAUAAUUAUGCUACCGUCUGUGAUGUGCAGCGUGUUCACGCACGAGAUAUUCGACGGAUGGAGAAUGCGUUCUCCGUGUCAAACGAGCCGUCAAUAAUUAUUCGAAAACAGGCGAUUCUCAUUAGUGCUGACCCGUUACGAGCGAUUGUGAUGCGAGAUGUGUGUCUCGUGUAUGUCCCCGAUGGAGCAGACAGCCUCUUGUCGAUUCUUAAGGAGCAAUUUAGUCAGGUUGCCCGAGAGAACGCGGAGGAUUCGUACGAGUUCAGAGCAUUGGAAGCGUUGCUAUCGACGCUCGCGCGGUACUUUCAAGCAGACUACGAAAAGCUCUCUCCUGUCGUGAUCUCUGCAUUGGACCGGCUGGUGCAAGGAAAUCUUCACUCACGGGAACUGGAAACGCUGCGCGAGUUCAAAAACACUAUGAAUGAGUUUGAGUCUCAGGUGGAUGGUGUGCGCCGUGUGCUAAUGGAGUUGCUGGACAAUGAAGAAGACUUACGCUUGCUCUACCUUACAAAGCUUUACGAAGACCCUUCUUUACUCACGGACCUGUACAGUUUUGACUCGGAGGAAGCGGAAGUUUUGAUUGAGAAUUAUCUCCAAGACAUCUUUUCGACGCGCACGAAGGCGGAUCUGAUGCAACAUCGCAUUACAAACACUGAAAGUUUGGUUAUGUUGAAGCUUGACUCGAUGCGAAAUUACUUGCUCCGGGUAGACCUUGUGUUUUCGCUUUCAACGAUUAGUCUGUCGGUGGGCACACUGCUUGCAGGAGUCUUUGGCAUGAAUCUGACGUCGGGGGUAGAGGAAGCUUGGGGAUGGUUCUGGGGAGUUGCGAUAACUUGUGUGGUAGCUUUUGUGGUUAUCACUAUCGUAGGCGUUUUGUUUUUCAGACAGAAGGGAGUGCUGCAUAUUUGA